AUGUCAAGCGAUACUGGAUCGAAAGGUCUGGUGCUGGAAAACACUGCACGCAGAGAUGCUUUGAUUGCCAUUGAAAAGAAGUACCAGAAAUUGUGGGCCGAAGAGCACGUUUUCGAGAUCGACGCACCAUCGAUCGAAGAAGAAAGUGUCAGCAUUGACUCCGAAGAGCUUCAGAGAAAAUACCCCAAAUUCAUGUCCUCCAUGGCUUACCCUUACAUGAACGGUGUCAUGCACGCAGGUCACUGUUUUACGCUGUCGAAGGUUGAGUUCUCCGUUGGUUUCGAAAGAAUGAACGGCAAAAGGGCGCUGUUCCCAUUGGGUUUCCACUGCACCGGUAUGCCUAUUCUGGCCUGUGCCGACAAGCUGAAGCGUGAAGCGGAGCUUUUCGGUUCCGACUUCUCCAAAGCCCCUGCCGAGGAAGAGGAGGAUGAAGCCGCCGCGGCCAAGGAGGAGGUGAAGACCGAAUCUGAGGACGUAACGAAAUUUAAGGCCAAGAAGUCCAAAGCCGCCGCUAAAAAGGGUCGCGGUAAGUUCCAGUUCGAGAUUAUGUUGCAGCUUGGAAUCCCACAUGAGGAGGUUGUCAAGUUCGCCGACCCUCAGUUCUGGCUGACAUACUUCCCCCCUCUAUGUCAAAGCGACUGCUCUGCUUUCGGCUCCCGUAUUGAUUGGAGACGUUCUUUCAUCACCACCGACAUGAACCCUUACUACGACGCUUUCAUUAGAUGGCAAAUGAACAAGCUCAAGGAGCUUGGCAAAAUCAAGUUCGGUGAGCGUUACACCAUCUACUCCGAAAAGGAUGGCCAGGCUUGUAUGGACCACGACAGGCAAUCUGGUGAGGGUGUUACCCCACAAGAGUAUGUAGGCAUCAAGAUCGAGACACUGGAAUUCGCCGAAGCCGCCAAAAAGGUUGUGGAGUCCUCCGACGCUCUUGACAAGUCCAAGAGGUUCUACUUUGUGGCUGCCACUUUGAGACCAGAGACCAUGUACGGUCAGACUUGUUGCUUUGUUUCCCCAAAGAUCAACUACGGUAUUUUCGAUGCCGGCGACGCUUACUACAUCACCACCGAAAGAGCUUUCAAGAACAUGUCGUACCAGAAACUCACCCCAAAGAGAGGUUACUACAAGCCCUUAGUUACCAUCAGCGGUAAAGAUUUUAUUGGAUCUAAAAUCCGUGCCCCACUUUCUGCUUACGACGAACUGAGAAUUUUGCCCAUGGAAACUGUCAUCGCUACCAAAGGUACCGGUGUGGUUACCUGUGUGCCUUCAAACUCUCCUGAUGAUUACAUGACCACGAGAGACUUGCAAAACAAGUCCCAAUUCUACGGUAUUGACCCUGAAUGGGUUAAGCACGAGCCUGUGCCUAUUAUUCGCUCCGAGAGAUACGGUGACUUAACUGCUCAGAAGAUCUGCGAAGAGCUGAAAAUCAGGUCGCCCAAGGACACUGUUCCUUUGGCGGAGGCUAAGAAGAUUGCCUACAAAGAGGACUUCUACAACGGUACUAUGAUCUAUGGUAAGUUCAAGGGAGAAAAGGUUGAAGUGGCCAAGGGUAAGUUGAAGGCGGAGCUUAUUGCUAACAAUGAGGCCUUUGUCUACAACGAGCCAGAAUCUUUGGUUGUCUCCCGUUCCGGCGACGACUGUAUUGUAUCCCUUGAGGACCAAUGGUACGUUGACUACGGUGAGCAGACAUGGAAGGAGCAAGCCAUUGAGUGUUUGAACCAAAUGAACACAUUCGCUCCCGAAGUUAAGAACGCUUUCGAAGGGUGCCUAGAAUGGCUCAAGAACUGGGCCGUUUGCCGUACCUACGGUUUGGGAACAAAGCUGCCAUGGGACGAGAAGUACCUUGUUGAGUCGCUUUCUGACUCCACCAUAUAUCAAGCUUUCUACACUAUUGCGCACUUGUUGUUCAAGGACUACUAUGGUAAUGAGAUUGGUCCACUUGGCAUUGAGGCCAACCAGAUGACCCCAGCUGUGUUCGACUACAUUUUCCAGCACACUGAUAAUGUUGAAACCGAUAUCCCUAUCGAAAGCCUUCAAAAGCUCAGAAGAGAGUUUGAAUACUUCUACCCACUAGAUGUCUCAAUCUCUGGUAAGGACCUGAUCACUAACCAUUUAACAUUUUUCAUCUACACCCACGUUGCUCUUUUCCCAAAGAAGUUCUGGCCAAGAGGUAUCAGAGCCAACGGUCACUUGAUGCUGAACAAUGCCAAGAUGUCUAAGUCUACUGGUAACUUCAUGACUCUGAAACAAAUUGUCGAAAAGUUUGGCGCGGAUGCCUCGCGUAUUGCUUUGGCUGACGCUGGUGACACCAUUGAGGACGCCAACUUGGAUGAAACCAAUGCAAACGCCGCUAUUCUGAGAUUAUACAACCUGAAAGAAUGGGCUGAUGAAGUGGUCAAGAACCUCGACGGUCUCCGUUCAGGCCCAAUCACCGAAUUCUUCGACGUUUCUUUCGAAAACGAGCUCAACGCUUUGGUCGAGGAGACUUACAAACAAUAUGAGCUAACAAACUACAAGAGCGCCUUGAAGACUGGUCUCUUCGAUUUGCAAACCGCUAGAGAUUACUACCGUGAGUCCUGUGAGGUAAUGCAUCGCGACUUGGUUUUGCGUUACAUUGAGUUCCAGGUCUUGGUGUUGGCUCCUAUCGCCCCUCACUUUGCUGAGUACAUAUGGCGUGAAGUUUUGGGCAACACCAAGUCUGUUCAAAUCACAAGAUUCCCUCGCGCUACUAAGCCAGUGGAUGCUGGCGCCCUUUCUGCGCUAGAAUACCUGAGAAACCUACAAAGAAGUAUCAGAGAAUCCGAAGGACAGGCUUUGAAGAAGAAGAAGGGCAAGGGCUCUGAUGUUGACAUCACCAAGCCUGCAAAGAUGACACUACUCAUUUCUGAGUCCUUCCCUGAAUGGCAAAGCGAGUACAUUGAGCUUGUUCGCAAGCUCUUCGAGUCCCAAGAACUCGAUGACAACAAGAAAAUCAAGCAGAUGGUCAAUCCAAAGGACAUGAAACGCGCUAUGCCCUUCAUUUCCAUGUUGAAGCAACGCCUCGUUGCUGAGCCCGUAGAAACGGUUUUCAACAGAGAACUACCUUUCGACGAAGUCGCUACCAUUAAGGCCACCGUUGAGAAUGUCAAGAAGUGCUGUCAGGUCAUCAAGUGCCAAGAGUUCCAGUUCAUUUCUUUCCCUUACGGUGCCAAGGUUGGUAAGGACAUCUUCACUGGCGAGCAAGUGGAUAUUCCUAAUGCCGCCAAGGUCGUGGAAAACGCCAUUCCAGGUAACCCUGGUAUAAUCAUCGCUAAUAUCUGA